GCAGCCAGAGCCACUUCCAAAAGCUACACAAAAGAGCCUCUGUCUCUGCUGAUGAGAGAUCCUUUUGAAGCUUAGGAGCCGUGACUGGCAGCAUUUCAUAUCUGGCCAUCUUUAGGUUUGGAGCCAUGAAGAAUGGGAAAGAAGAAAAAGAUGGGAAAGGAGAGAGCAGGGCAGAAAAAAGGUGAAUGUGCUGUUGUUGCUACUCAGAGACCUGGGCAGCUCAGGUGUUCUGUGCUUAAAUCACUGAUUUUUAACUAACGAGUUCCAGGAAAAGGACCUUCAAUCAGGAGAACUGGUCGCUGCUGUUUCCUUGUUGCAUUGGAAGGGAAAUAAUGCUCCAUUCUACAUUGGCCUUGUCCCUCCUGCUAAUUGCAGUCACUUCCAACCUUGCAAUGGCAAUUAAAAAGGAAAAACGUGCUCCUCAGACACUGUCAAGAGGGUGGGGAGAUGAAAUUACGUGGGUACAAACUUAUGAAGAAGGGCUUUAUCAAGCAAAGAAAAGUAACAAGCCACUGAUGGUAAUUCAUCAUUUGGAAGACUGUCAAUACUGCCAAGCACUGAAGAAAGCUUUCGCAGAAAAUGAAGAAAUACAGGAAAUGGCCCAAAAUAACUUCAUUAUGCUGAAUCUCAUGCAUGAAACCACAGAUAAAAACCUGUCACCUGAUGGACAAUACGUGCCUCGAAUCAUGUUUGUAGACCCAUCUCUCACAGUAAGAGCUGAUAUCACAGGAAGAUACUCCAACCGGCUUUACACGUAUGAACCACAGGACAUGAUGUUCCUAAUAGAGAACAUGAAGAAAGCACUACGCCUCAUUCAGACAGAACUGUAACCAGCAACAGUGAAAUGACCAUAAUCUCUACAAGAUUUGGCAAGAUUUCCCAGUCUGUGGUCAUACCUUCUUUUGAGCAUGCCAGAGAUAUUCUGGAGAACGAAAUGCAAGCUAGCUUCCAGAGAUCACCCAGGGUGGCCAUGACAGCCAUUCAUCUUCCUUUUCUCCAGGCUAAACAACCCCAACACCCCUAAGCCACUCCUCAUGCAACUUGUGUUCCAGACCCUUCACCAGAUUCAUUGCCCUUCUCUGGACACUCAUCUGCCUUGUUGGCCUUCCCCCCAGUUCUUACCCGUAAACUCUUAACCCUGUCACCACCAUCACCAAGCUCUAGGCAAUCAAAACUCCCUAACAUACGGAGUUACCCCACUGCCUCCCCUUCCUUGCCCGCCCCUUUUGAAGAGUUUGUAGCCAUCCACUGCAGCACUCCAGUUGUGCCAGUCAUCCCACCAUGUUGGCAAUCUACACCAGUUCUCCUGCUUCACAGUGGCUUCCAGUUCUUUCUGUUGGUUGCCCAUGCUGCGUGCGUUGUGUAGAUGCAUUUCAGUUGGGCUGUUGAUCCCAAUAUAUAUAGUGGCAGUUGAUCCUGCCACCUUUUUGAGGGGAGAAGCCCUAAUUCCUACAUGACCAUUCCCAGGUACUUCCAUGGUUUCUAACAUCAAUAACUCUUGUGUCUUUGCUGCCACAUGGCUCUAUCCCCUACCUCCACUGAGAGGGCAGACCAAAGGGCCUCACUAGCAUGCUGUCCCUCAAACAUUUGUGUGCCACUACCAGACUUAACUCCAGUGAGCCUGGUUUUAUCCCCUUCCCUCUUCAAAACCAGUUUAAAGUUCUUUAUUCCUUUAGGGGAUCCAUUCAUAAGCAAAGAGGUGGCUGUCAAGAAUGCACAAAGCUGGAAUCCCAAAAGAUUAGUGAUAAAUACCACAGUCCAGAGCUUGCUUGGUCUCAGGAAAGCUGAACUCCAUAAUCUGUCUCACCUCAGUGAUGUAAAAGGAAAAAAAUGGUAGAAUUACCACUUAUUGGAAUUGUGGAAGAAACAAGUAAUUCAAGCCCUGGAAGGCUACUGUUGUUCUGCUCAUUUUUUGGCAUUUGAUAGUGAGACAGCAGACAGGAAACAAACUGUGUGAAUUAAAAUAAAUAACAAAAUUUUCAGAACAAUACAAUGUUCACUGACUUAAUCAUCAAACAAAAGUUAGCCUUUAGAUUUACACUGCAGUGAAGGUUAUUUUAACAUUUGAAGAAAAUCCAGAUUCAUUUCCAAAGGUAUUAUUAAUAGUGAUUGCAUCUGUAACUUCGAACAGUAUUUGCUACUGUGGAAGUUUGUAACAGUUUUAACAAACCACUCAUUCAAGCAGAGAGUAGCCACUUUUCAGAGAUACCACAGGCAUAUGAGUUAUGCUGCGUCAGAUGAAAUCUCUUUGCAAAGUAACUAAAGGGGAUUUCACCCUCUUUACAUUCUCAAAUCUCUGUAAGUACUAUGCUGAAAUCUGUUCCCAGCCAUAGCCUUCAGAAAUGGGACUAAACCUCUGAGACUCUUAAAGACUCAGAUUCAGUCCUUUUGGUGGAGCUAGAUAUUCAGGUAAAAAAAGGCCUGUAUGCACAUAUUUUUUAUUCUCAGCUUAGUUCAACAGUCAUCCUUAAUUUUAGAGCUGCUACUACAUUUCUGCCUUCUCUUUGAAGACUGUUUUACCAGGUAAUAUUUCUCCUGAUGGAACAGAAACUCAGAUCUCAGAUUAAAGUCACAUUGCUCUGACAUAACAUAGUAAGUCUGUAAACUGUUCAAUAACAGACAUAACAUGAUUCUUUCCCCUCUUUUCCUCUGAAAUGAAUGGAAUGAUAGUCUGCUCCCUCUUUUAUUCCCUGCUUUUCUGCUUGCACACCACACAAAUUUAUUCACAAUAUUAGUGGGCAGAUUUUUAUUUAUACUCUUUACUUUCCACUUUCUUAAGGAAAGAGAUGGAAACUGUUCCUUUUGUUUCUUGAUUAUCUGGAACUAAAACAACUAGGUUAAAGCUGAAGGAAGACAAUAAAAGACUGAAAAUGUGAAUGUGAGAGCAGAAGUUGUUCUACACAGAAUAAAUUCAGUCAUAGUAUAAGGACCAAUAGAUGAGAAAACCUACCUGUGUAGACUGUGUGCUUUUACAGAAUUCAUAGCCUGUAUUCUCUAUGAUUAGACGUUAAUAUUCACACGGGCAUAAUGCGGCAUCACCUGUGGAAAUUCAUGUUUUUUACAAAAAAAUUUCUGUUUUACCUUUGAUAUGACCAUAACACAUUCUGGGAAGCAAACUUUACUGCCACCUGUUCACAAAUCCGUGUCUACUUUACUGUCUGGACUUAUCUGGUGUAAUCAGACCAAGAGUAGACAAACAAACGUGGACUUAACGUCAGUGAGGUGAGGCUCAGGAAUCUGAGAACUGACAGAACAGGAUCCUCCCCUGUGUAUCCGUCUCAGCGCAGAAAGGCGUUGCCUUUUCCAGUCAGAUGGCUGAUCUAUUGGUCUGUAGAGCUAAAACAUUUUCCCAUGUGCAAAUAUUUGCACUUGACCUGAACAAAAGAAAAGGCACCAUACCUUUGUGUACCGUGGAGGUGAGAGACUGGGACACCUCAGCACUUAAAAUGCAAAAGUAACUUGAUCUUACAGAAUAAGACUGAUAUAAUUUGGUUUGUUUCAUGUACUACAUGUGUUCUUGCCAAAGGCUGACACAGAAAUUUCCCAAUGCUGAGAUGUCCUCCACACAACCAAGUCACUGAUUUGCUUCCUUUUGUUUGUUCCUUUGUUCAAAUGGAUGUACAGAUCGACAGUACAAGUCAGAAGGAAAUAAAUAGUCUCCAUGGAAAUUAAAAAGUCCAAAACCUCCAAAGAGAAGGGAAGGAAUAUUUACUUUUCCGCCAGAAAAUCUACAGAAUUUGCAGUCUAUCUAUUAAUUCCUUUUCCUUGCUGCUCAAGAUGCUCAUGCAAUUCAUGACUUGCCAUCUUUGGUUGCUGCUGUGCAUUGUAAAGUAACUGACCCCUUAGUCACUAAAAGUGGAUCUAUUUCAGCAGACUGUUUUCUCUUAGGAGGUAUCAGAUAUUUGCUGAUCCCUUUCGAAUCAGAGAAGACACACAAAAACAGCAGUUUCCCCUAUCUUUGUGUAAUUAGAAAAAUCCCAAAUAAGCAGAAUCAUCUUUUAGUUCACACUGCCAUAUCAAGAACUGAAUUUUGAAAUUUCCCAAUAAGGCCAACUCCAGCAGACAUUCAUCAAGUCACCCUCUGUACAUGUCACAUGGCCUGUGAGAAAGAGGAAAAAUACCAUACACAAUAACUUUUCAAGUUUAGAAGACUCAAAAGACAGCACUCCACAUGGAGUGUGUUGGUGCUUAGACUGUGUUACUGUUUCAGGAAAGAGCCUAAAACUGCUUCAAAAAGAUCUACUGUGUCUUCUGUUACCUUUCUAAGGUAUCACUUCUUACUCCUUCUCACACCCUGCAUGUCCCCAGGUGAUUGUUUGUAAAAGGCUGGCACACAGGAACCCACCCUGCUAUUUAGCACCCAGCCAGCUGCAGAGAGAAAAGUUCACGGAUGCACAAAAACCACCGGCUUCAUUGCUUAUGUUCAUAUACGUGGAAGAGGUCAGUGACUGCCUGGAGAGGAAGCUACACCCUACGGUGAGGAAUAUUGCACAGGGCGGAGAGAAGAGUAGCCUUGCUCUGCUAAGGGGUUUUUUGCUUAAAGCCUACAAGCAGUUGGGGCUGUGAUUUUACACAGUACUUGAGCAUUUGUAUCAGAGCAUAAGAGCAGAAGAAGAGCUCACAUCUUCCAGACCUGCAUUGCUUCACUUGGAAGACAACUCCACAAACAAUAUUUGUUACUGUCAUCAAAUAUUUUAAUAUACACAUUCCCACUGAGGAGCAUUCUUGCCCUAACUGAAAAAAAUAUUCCCUCAUGGCCUCAAUGGCUUAAUUCUCAUUAAUUUGUAUAUUCUCAACCUUGACA